AUGGCUACGUACACAGCUGACGACGACUACGAUUUCCUCUACAAAGUGGUCCUAAUCGGAGACUCCGGCGUCGGAAAAUCAAACCUCCUCUCUCGCUUCACCCGCAACGAGUUCAGCCUCGAGUCAAAAUCCACCAUCGGCGUCGAAUUCGCCACCAGAACCAUCCACGUGGACGAUAAAAUCAUCAAAGCUGGACACCGCAGGCCAAGAAAGAAGAUACAGAGCGAUCACUAG